GCUGCAGAACGGCUCCGCGCCCUGCACCGAGCUGGUGCCCCGGGCGGCCGAGCCGGGCUACCUGGUGACCAAGGUGGUGGCGGUGGACGGCGACUCGGGCCAGAACGCCUGGUUGUCGUACCAGCUGCUCAAGGCCACGGAGCCCGGGCUGUUCAGCGUGUGGGCGCACAAUGGCGAGGUGCGCACAGCCAGGCUGCUGAGCGAGCGCGACGCGGCCAAGCACAGGCUGGUGGUGCUGGUCAAGGACAAUGGCGAGCCUCCGCGCUCGGCCACCGCCACGCUGCAAGUGCUCCUGGUGGACGGCUUCUCCCAGCCCUACCUGCCUCUCCCGGAGGCGGCCCCGGCCCAGGCCCAGGCCGACUCGCUCACCGUCUACCUGGUGGUGGCGUUGGCCUCGGUGUCGUCGCUCUUCCUCUUUUCGGUGCUCCUGUUCGUGGCGGUGCGGCUGUGCAGGAGGAGCAGGGAGGCCGCAGUCGGUCGCUGCUCGGUGCCCGAGGGCCCCUUUCCAGGACAUCUGGUGGACGUGAGCGGCACCGGGACCCUGUCCCAGAGCUACCAGUAUGAGGUGUGUGUGACUGGAGGCUCCAGGUCAAAUGAGUUCAAAUUUCUGAAACCAAUUAUCCCCAACUUCCUACCCCAGAGCACAGGUAGGGAAGUCGAAGAAAAUCCCCCAUUUCAGAAUAAUUUGGGUUUCUGAUAAAGAAUGAAAAAUAAAUCCUGUGUUUAUGAAUACAUUUAUAAUUAGGAACUUAUCGUGAGGUGCCUGUAAAGUAGUAUUUUUGAUCACUUCAAAUACGUACUCUUCAAUUCAAGAAAUAAAUUUCUUUACAUAGAAAAGGAUCCAGAUUUAGUACCAAGAACCCUUCACAAAGCAGGAAAUGUACAUGUGUAAUGUUUUAUGUCAAGUAAUUAUGCUUAAUAUAAAGUCUAUGAAGUGGUAAGUCUUGUUUGAGAUAUUUUAAAUUGCUUUCCAUUGUUUUCAAUAUUUACUGUGACUUUCGUUUUCUGAGUUGAUUAGAAUGCUGUUUGAGUAUACCUACCCUAGUUUCAAAAGCAUAGAUUGUAGUGUACCUUUUUAAACUUUAUUUAAAAAAAAACACUUGUUUUAUGAAUCAUACACUAUUUUCACACUUUUAAUCUCAUAAGAAACAUAUGUGACAUGGUAUUUUAGGAAUGACCAAAUAGACGGUCUUAGAGAUUCAGUAAGUUCACUAAGGUCCACUAACUAAUAAGUGACAAAACUGAGCAUCCAUCCUAGAUCUGUCAGACUCUGACUCAGUGACUUUGCUCCCAUUCUAUACUGUUUUCGUCAUUGGAUAUCACCUGGCAAGUUUCUGCCUAACUAAAGAGAAGAAAAGUUUUUAUCGUAUUCAUACUACUGUUCAAUCUUUAUUUAGAAAUAAUCUUUAUGAUUUCAUUUUCUUGUAAACCAGUAAUCUUGCUUUUCUGGGUAAAUUUUCAGCUAUUAUUACUAAUGCUCUGAUCUGUCCAAAUCUUAAGUAAAAAACAAAAUUGAAAGAGCAACCUGUGCCUUCUCGUUGUCUCCUGAACACAUAACUUUCAUUUCACAGAAAAGAUUAAUGGUCCUGAUUAGGAAUAGUACAUAAUUUUGAUUGCAUUAUUAGUUAAUUAUUUUCUUUACAUUGUAGUAUAUUUCCAGAGUCAUCCAUACUUACAUUUGUAAUAUAUUUUCCUGAUUUGAGAGUUUGUUUUUAGCAGUUUUUCUUACCUAUACUGCACUGCUGAAUCAGGAAAAUUUAAGAAAAAGAAUAGAAUUAAAUGUGUAAUAUCAAAGAGAAAUACAGAUGAUCAUUAAAUUUUUAGAAAUUUUGGGGAGUUAAGGAGAAGCAUUGUUUGUUAAAAAUAUAUAACCGAUUCUUAUUUUUAAAAUAGGUAAUUUUUUCAUAGUUGUGUUCUAAAUAUAUUAUAAACUAGUGCUGGUAACUCUAAUAAAGCUAGUAUUACUGCAUAUCACUGGUGGGAUAGAAUCUAAGGACAAAAAUAACUCACAGUAGUAAAAUCUAAAAUUGCUUUCAUGGUCUCAGGGUAAAAUUAUCCAAUUUCUCUGACAAAUAAAUGGCACAAAAAAUAAGAGGAGUGAAGUUUACACAAGGAAAAAUCUUAAGAGGUCUACCACUCAAAUAUAAUGUGUGGAUCUUGUCUGGAUCUUGAUUGAAACAACAGCAAUGACUUUGAAAAACUUGGAAGAAUUUGAAUAUAGAUGGGUAUUAAAUAAUGUUAACUUGAUUUUUAGGUGUGAUAACGACAUUGUACUUAAGCAUAUUUUUAGAGUCAUUUAAAGUCAUGAUGCUUUUAAAGAAAUGUAUAAUGACAUAUUUGUGGGUGAAAAUUCAGUUUGUCUGGGAUGUGAAAAUGUUGAAGGAAUAGAGUCAAGAAUUAUGGCAAAACAUUGAUAAUAGUUGAAGCUAGUAUUGAGUCCUUGGAGGUUCAUUAUACUCCUCUCUUUUAUGAGAUUUGAAAAAUUUCAAAAUGAUUUCUUUAAUUGAUGCUGUUAGAAGUGGAGGUAAUAAAAAAGGACAUCCUUCCCAGAAACAAAAUCACCACUGCUGUUACAGAUAUUGCCUCUAUUUAGACAAACUCUCCAGUCUUUCCUUGUUCAUUUCCCUUCAUUACUGGACAUAACCUCUCUACCUGAGAUAGUCACGCUCCUGUAUUCUUCUACCAUUUGAAUUUUGAAGUGUUUUUCUAGUUAUAGUAAUGGAUUUAUGCUAGAAUUAUGAUGGAUUUAUGCCAGACUUAUGAUGGAUUUAUGCCAUCAAGACUCAGCUACUUGAUGGCAUCAAAUUGCUUUAUACUUGGUAUACAGUUUAUUUUUAAGGUUAAUAUCUAUUUGCAUUAGAUUCCUCAUGUUUAAGGUGGGGAAUUCACAACAGCCCUAUGUGGUAGGUGCUGUUCUUAUCCUCACUUUACAGAGGAGCAAACUAAAGCAGAGAGAUUAAAUAAUUCGUUCGAGGUUCACAGCUACUAAUUAUUCCUAUGGUUCAUGGAAAUAAAACUAUAAAGAUCUAAAUGUUGUCCAUGUUAACUGCAAUUACAUUUGAAAUUUUCUGCAUAUAUUCUUUUUGCCACGCUAGACUGUUACCUAAAUAUUUCCUUUUUGCCCAAAGCUCAGUUAGCAUUGUUGAAAGACUAAUGCAAUUUCUGCUUCGGGCAGUUGUCUGCUCACUAACGUCCGGCGAUAUUAACGGUGGUGUUGUAACCUUACAUAGUCCCGGGGUGCAUACAGGCAGAGUUGGGAAUAUUACAUCUAUCAUCAUCCCACAAAAUGUAAGAUCCUGUGAGGACGCGUGGUGGCGCUGCAGGACAAGAAGGUACAAACCAGAACCGCAGCUGCAGCUACAUUAACCGGCAAAAAGCAGCAGAACCUGGAAGUCCACGGGAAGCUUGGAUGCCAAAGAGAGAACGGCUGGGUCCUCUGGAGAGGACUACUCACUGGAAUAUUUCUGAGGUGGCUGUGGAAUAACCACAGCCUCAGAUACUGGGGACUUUACAGUCCCACAGAACCGUCCUCCCAGCAAGCUGAAGGAGGAACAAUGGAGGCCAGCGGGAAGCUCAUUUGCAGACAAAGGCAAGUCGUUUUUUCCUUUUUCCUUUUGGGCUUAUCUCUGGUUGGCUUGGCGGAACCUAGACGCUAUUCUAUGGUAGAGGAAACUGAGGGCAGCUCCUUUGUCACCAAUUUAGCAAAGGACCUGGGUCUGGAGCAGACGGAAUUCUCCAGGCGGGGGGUUAGGGUUGUUUCCAGAGGGAACAAACUACAGUUGCAGCUCAAUCAGGAGACCGGAGAUUUGUUGCUAAAUGAGAAAUUGGACCGUGAGGAUCUGUGCGGUCACAGAGAGCCCUGUGUGCUACGUUUCCAAGUGUUGCUAGAGAGUCCCUUCGAGUUUUUUCAAGCUGAGCUACAAGUAAUAGACAUAAACGACCACUCUCCAGUAUUUCUGGACAAACAAAUGUUGGUGAAAGUGUCAGAGAGCAGUCCUCCUGGGACUGCGUUUCCUCUGAAGAAUGCUGAAGACUUAGAUGUAGGCCAAAACAAUAUUGAGAACUAUAUAAUCAGCCCCAACUCCUAUUUUCGGGUCCUCACCCGCAAACGCAGUGAUGGCAGGAAAUACCCAGAGCUGGUGCUGGACAAAGCGCUGGACCGAGAGGAAGAAGCUGAGCUCAGGUUAACACUCACAGCACUGGAUGGUGGCUCUCCGCCCAGAUCUGGCACUGCUCAGGUCUACAUCGAAGUCCUGGAUGUCAACGAUAAUGCCCCUGAAUUUGAGCAGCCUUUCUAUAGGGUGCAGAUCUCUGAGGACAGUCCAGUAGGCUUCCUGGUUGUGAAGGUCUCUGCCACGGAUGCAGACACAGGAGUCAACGGAGAGAUUUCCUAUUCCCUUUUCCAAGCUUCAGACGAGAUUGGCAAAACCUUUAAGAUCAAUCCCUUGACAGGAGAAAUUGAACUAAAAAAACAACUCGAUUUCGAAAAACUUCAGUCCUAUGAAGUCAAUAUUGAGGCAAGAGAUGCUGGAACCUUUUCUGGAAAAUGCACCGUUCUGAUUCAAGUGAUAGACGUGAACGACCAUGCCCCAGAAGUUACCAUGUCUGCAUUUACCAGCCCAAUACCUGAGAACGCGCCUGAAACUGUGGUUGCACUUUUCAGUGUUUCAGAUCUUGAUUCAGGAGAAAAUGGGAAAAUAAGUUGCUCCAUUCAGGAGGAUCUACCCUUCCUCCUGAAAUCCGCGGAAAACUUUUACACCCUACUAACGGAGAGACCACUAGACAGAGAAAGCAGAGCGGAAUACAACAUCACUAUCACUGUCACUGACUUGGGGACCCCUAUGCUGAAAACACAGCUCAAUAUGACCGUGCUGGUCGCCGAUGUCAAUGACAACGCUCCCGCCUUCACCCAAACCUCCUACACCCUGUUCGUCCGCGAGAACAACAGCCCCGCCCUGCACAUCGGCAGUGUUAGCGCCACAGACAGAGACUCAGGCACCAACGCCCAGGUCACCUACUCGCUGCUGCCUCCCCAGGACCCGCACCUGCCUCUCGCCUCCCUGGUCUCCAUCAACGCAGACAAAGGCCACCUGUUCGCCCUCAGGUCGCUGGACUACGAGGCCCUGCAGGCGUUCGAGUUCCGCGUGGGCGCCUCAGACCGCGGUUCCCCGGCGCUGAGCUGCGAGGCGCUGGUGCGCGUGCUGGUGCUGGACGCCAACGACAACUCGCCCUUCGUGCUGUACCCGCUGCAGAACGGCUCCGCGCCCUGCACCGAGCUGGUGCCCCGGGCGGCCGAGCCGGGCUACUUGGUGACCAAGGUGGUGGCGGUGGACGGCGACUCGGGCCAGAACGCCUGGCUGUCGUACCAGCUGCUCAAGGCCACGGAGCCCGGGCUGUUCGGCGUGUGGGCGCACAAUGGCGAGGUGCGCACAGCCAGGCUGCUGAGCGAGCGCAAUGCAGCCAAGCACAGGCUGGUGGUGCUGGUCAAGGACAAUGGCGAGCCUCCGCGCUCGGCCACCGCCACGCUGCAAGUGCUCCUGGUGGACGGCUUCUCUCAGCCCUACCUGCCUUUCCCGGAGGCGGCCCCGGCUCAGGCCCAGGCCGACUCGCUCACCGUCUACCUGGUGGUGGCGUUGGCCUCGGUGUCGUCGCUCUUCCUCUUCUUGGUGUUCCUGUUCGUGGCGGUGCGGCUGUGCAGGAGGAGCAGGGCGGCCUCGGUGGGUCGCUUCUUGGUGCCCGAGGGCCCCUUUCCAGGGCAUCUGGUGGACGUGAGCGGCACCGGGACCCUAUCUCAGAGCUACCAGUAUGAGGUGUGUUUGGCAGGAGGUUCAGGGACAAAUGAGUCCAAGUUCCUGAAGCCGAUUAUCCCCAACUUCCCUCCCCAGUGCCCUGGGAAAUAAAUACAGGGAAAUUCUACCUUCCCCAAUAA